UAAAACCAAUGUCUAGGUUAGUUCCGAUCGCAGAGGAGACACCGCUGCAGUUGCCGCCACAUCGGGGAUUUCUGGCUCUUUUCUCUUCGCCUUAAAUUCGGGUGUCUUUUAUGAAUAAUCAAAAGCAGCAAAAGCCAACGCUAUCAGGCCAGCGUUUUAAAACCAGAAAAAGAGAUGAAAAAGAGAGGUUUGACCCUACUCAGUUUCAAGACUGUAUUAUUCAAAGCUUAACUGAAACUGGUACUGAUUUGGAAGCAGUAGCUAAGUUUCUUGAUGCUUCUGGAGCAAAACUUGACUAUCGCAGAUAUGCAGAAACACUCUUUGACAUUCUGGUGGCUGGUGGAAUGCUGGCCCCAGGUGGUACACUGGCAGAUGACAUGAUGCGUACACAUGUCUGCGUGUUUGCAGCACAAGAAGACCUAGAGACCAUGCAAGCAUUUGCUCAGGUUUUUAACAAGUUAAUCAGGCGCUACAAAUACCUGGAGAAAGGUUUUGAAGAUGAAGUAAAAAAGCUGCUGUUGUUCUUAAAGGGUUUUUCAGAGUCGGAGAGGAACAAGCUGGCUAUGUUGACUGGUGUUCUUCUGGCUAAUGGAACACUUAAUGCAUCCAUUCUUAAUAGCCUUUAUAAUGAGAAUUUGGUUAAAGAAGGAGUUUCAGCAGCUUUUGGAAAACUCUUUAAAUCAUGGAUAAAUGAAAAAGACAUCAAUGCAGUAGCUGCAAGUCUUAGGAAAGUCAGCAUGGAUAACAGACUGAUGGAACUUUUUCCUGCCAACAAGCAAAGCGUUGAACACUUCACAAAGUAUUUUACUGAGGCAGGCUUGAAAGAGCUUUCAGAGUAUGUUCGGAAUCAACAGACCAUAGGAGCUCGCAAGGAGCUCCAGAAAGAACUUCAAGAACAGAUGUCCCGUGGCGAUCCAUUUAAGGAUAUAAUUUUAUAUGUCAAGGAAGAGAUGAAAAGAAACAACAUCCCAGAACCAGUUGUCAUUGGGAUAGUCUGGUCAAGUGUAAUGAGCACCGUGGAGUGGAACAAAAAAGAGGAGCUUGUAGCAGAGCAAGCCAUCAAGCACUUGAAGCAAUACAGCCCUCUACUUGCUGCCUUUACUACUCAAGGUCAGUCUGAGCUGACUCUGUUACUGAAGAUUCAGGAGUAUUGCUAUGACAACAUUCAUUUCAUGAAAGCCUUCCAGAAAAUAGUGGUGCUUUUUUAUAAAGCUGAAGUCCUGAGUGAAGAGCCGAUUCUGAAGUGGUAUAAAGAUGCACAUGUUGCAAAGGGGAAAAGUGUCUUCCUUGAACAAAUGAAAAAGUUUGUUGAAUGGCUCAAAAAUGCUGAAGAAGAAUCUGAGUCUGAAGCUGAAGAAGGUGACUGAAUUUUGAAACUACAUCCUCAGUAAAGCAAACAGGAGUUGUAGAUAAAAUGUCAUGUCUCAUGUGUCCUGGUUCUUACAUCUUCCUACCUCCCUAUAUCAAGCAUGAUAUAAGGGCUUUCAUGGCAAAUUUUAUUUUAACUGUUUCUAUGGUUACUGGAAAUGUUGGGUUUAGUUUCUAAAACCAUGUUUUAAGUAGCUGCAGGAGCUAUAGAUUUGAAUCUAAUGUUGCAUUAGUCUUUUCAGUUAUCUUCUACCUCCUGUAUUUUCUACUGUGAUAAUGUAAUUUAAGGCCUUCCACAAUGAACAGUUCACUUUAUUCCCUGGGUUUUCUAUAUAUAAACAGUUUUCAAGAUAUGAUUUGGUUAAAAAUAAUUUGUUAUAAAAAUUAUGUUUGCAAAUUAAACUGUAAAAGUAUCCAAAGUCUCAAAAGGCAAUGGUUUGUGUGAUAACUUGGUAUGCCUAGAGCCCUAUUCAUCAAUGAAAGUCUCUUACACAGUAAUUGAACUCAUUAACAUGAUCCUGAGUAUUUGGACCAUUGCUUGCAUGUUAACAUUUACUUGUAUUUUUAAUCCCAGAUGUCCUUAAGUUCAAUUGUUUGCUCUCUGUUUUUCAUCAUUAGUGAAGCUAUGGAGAACAAACUUGAAGUUUGAGGAAUCUCAUAUGUCAGAGAUGGUAGGAAGAAGAAAAUUGAACUUUUCCCAUUGAGAAACUUCUGCAUUCAGUUUGUAUCUUUCUAGGCAAAACAAAUGGAUACUCUUUUCAUAUGAACAUUUUCAAAUGUACCAUAGAAGUCUUAUUUUGUGCUCAGAAUACCCUUAGAUUGAUAUGAAAGGACUUCUAAAAAAGUGUGAAUAGAGGAAAUGACUGUUACAGACCCCCAUAAAAUUGUUGAGAAUGUUAAGAGUCAGCAUGUUCUAAUUGGGGAUCUGAAUUUAACAUAUUUCCUUUUGGCUUAGUGCAUUUGUUCCAAAGAAUGGAGUUCAAUAAUUAUAUAUUCUCACUUGGUCGUACUGGACUGGCUUCAUUCUCUUAGUACAUUCAGUAAUGACUCAAGCAUCUGGCUGUUAAUGUACCCUAGUUGCCAAUUCUUAAUUGCCAUGAGCCAAAUAUUUCUUCUAUGUGAUUAAUCCAUUUAUUUUAAUGGCUGCCUUUUAAUUUUUCAUCUUUUUAUUUUCUUGCUGCUGCCCAUCCAUGUAUGUAGUCAUUAAUGGGAAAAUAUUACAACAUUGGGUGGAAAGGCAUUGUUAUAAGUGAAUGUUUUGAAGGAUUUUUUAAUAGAAAGAAACUAGCCUGGAAUAAUGCCACCAGAGAUUGAGUGGAAAUUACCCCUUUUGAAGGUGCCAUUCUUAUUAGCCAAGAAGUUGGUAUUUAAACAUUCAUCUUGAGGGAAUAACGUGUAAUAUAAUUUGAAAUAAAGUUAUAGUGACCUUAAGAAGAGCAUUAUAACAGAUAACAUUGUGGGAAUGGGGUGAUUUUGUUAAAUGAAUAACUUUGAUAAAGUUUUCCUGUGCAGGCAAAAUGUAUUCACUAGAUUUCUACAUAGUGAUCUGCUUUUACUUUGUAAUUUGUAGUCCGCAAAAUACUUUUUUUUUUU